GAGCGAGCACCGGGCAUCAGCGGGCGGGUGGGCGUCGGUCGAGCCGGAGGCCCGGGCUGAAGGAAGGAAGGAAGGGAGAGGAGAGGCCACACCACACACACGCACCCAUGGCCGAGGCGCCCCGUCCCACCGCGGCGCAACCGGCCGACGAGCCGCUCUUCAAGGAGGUGAAGUUCUUCGUGGUGGGAGACAUCGAUCAUCGGGUGAUUCAGCUCCUGAAGACUGGAAAGGCAAAAGAGGUUUCGUAUAAUGCAUUGGCAACACACAUCAUUGCGGAGGAUGGUGACAACCCUGAAGUUGGGGAAGCGCGGGAAGUGUUUGAUCUGCCAGUAGUUAAGCCUUCCUGGGUAUUUUUGUCAGUUCGAUGUGGCCAACUCCUUCCAGUAACUGGCUUCUCACCAGAGGGAGGACAAAUAUUUUCAGGAAUUACAGCUUGUCUUUCACGGGUAUCUGCAGAAGAUCGCAACACGUUAUGGGCCUUGAUUACUUACCACGGAGGAGACUGCCAGCUCAAACUCAACAAGGCUUGCACCCAUUUAAUCGUACCAGAACCUCAGGGGGAAAAAUAUAAUUCCGCUUUGGAGCUGAACAGCAUCAAAAUUGUAACGCCAGACUGGGUGGAGGACUGUGUUGCUGCAAAAUCUCAAAAGGAUGAGUCCACGUAUCACCCACGCCUUAUUGUUCAAGAAGAAGAGGAGGAGGAGGAUGAGGAAGAGGAGGUGGAAGAGCAAGCUAGAGAUGAGGCUGAGCUGGAGGACAGUGCGGAUGACAAAUGCUCAGCCAAGAGCAGUCCAAUGUCAUCGGGGCGGGGCUCACCGCUGAGCAUGUCGGGCUUCUCGCCGAAGAGGGGCAGCAAACCCGGGAAAACAACGGGCGAAAUUAUGUUUGAUGACUCCUCGGACUCUUCCCCUGAGAAGCAGGAGAGGAAUUUGAACUGGACACCAGCUGAGAUCCCGCCCUCUGCUGCUGCCAAACGCCGACUUGUUCAUGGGAAGGACUCUGCUCUGAUCAACCUGUGUGCCAAUGUUCCACCGGUCCCUGGCACUGUCUCUGUCCCUGAGGCCAGAAACAGCUUGAUUAACCCUGGGCAAGGGCCACCGGGUCCUGAGAGGCCAGAAAUGGUUGCUGCCUGGAGUCCUGCAGUCAGGACACUGAGGAACAUUACUAACAAUGCUGAUAUUCAGCAGAUCUCCAGACCAUCAAACAUGGCACAAAUCUUGCAGUCUCUUUCAGCCCCAACCAAAAACCUGGAAGCUAAUCAAAACCAGCAAGGCCCUGAAGUUCGACAUCCCAACACUGUUGUCUUCACACAGGUCAAGCAGUUAACUCCUGAAGCACAGCAGCUCUUGCAGCAGCAGUCGCAACAGCAGCAGCACCAGUUGCUCCAGCUCCAGCAGCAACAUCUAAUGCAGCUUCAACAGCAGCAACAGCAACAGCAGCAACAGCAACAGCAGCAGCAACAGCAGCAACAGCAGCAACAGCAGCAACAGCAGCAACAGCAGCAACAGCAACAGCAGCAGCAGCAGCAGCAGCAACAGCAGCAACAGCAGCAACAGCAGAAACCCCACCCGCAGCUUCACCAGCAUCCGUUCCAGCAGCAGCAGCAGCAGCAGCAGCAUACCUUCUCACAGCAGCAUCUGCAACACCAACUGCAGCAGCAACUGCAGCAGCAACAGAUUCAGCGAUUACAGCAGCAGCAGCAGCAGCAACUCCAGCAACAACAUCAACUUCAGCAACUGCAGCAACAGCAGCAGCAGCAGCAACAAUAUCAUCAGCACCACCAGCAGCAGCAGCAGCAGCAACAACAACAGCGUCCCCUUCCACAGCAACAGCUGCAAAUCUUUGGACAUGACCCCAGUUUGGAAAUCCCAGAAGAGUCCUUUUUAAUGGGAUGUGUUUUUGCAAUUGCUGACUACCCUGAGCAGAUGUCCGAUAAACAGCUGCUGGCGACUUGGAAAAAGAUUAUCCAGGUACAUGGUGGGAUUGUGGAUCCCACUCUGACUAGUCGGUGCACUCACCUUUUGUGUGAAAGUCAAGUCAGCAAUAUGUAUGCCCAGGCCUUGAGAGAGGGAAAGCGAUGCGUCACUGCACACUGGCUGAACACAAUCUUGAAGAAGAAGAAAAUGGUUCCACCCCACAGAGGAUUACAUUUUCCUGUAGCUUUCCCACCAGGUGGAAAACCCUGCUCUCAACAUAUGAUAUCCGUCACAGGAUUUAUGCAUGACGAUCGGGAUGAUUUGAAGCUGAUGGGCUAUUUAGCAGGAGCCAAGUACACAGGCUACCUUUGCCGAAGCAAUACAGUCCUCAUCUGCAAAGAACCCUGCGGGCUGAAAUACGAGAAGGCGAAGGAGUGGAGAAUACCAUGCGUGAAUGCAAUGUGGCUUUGCGACAUUCUCCUUGGGAACUUUGACGCUUUGCGGCAGAUUCAGCAUAAUCGCUACACAGUGUUUGGACUGCAGGAUCCUCUUGCCCCCAAUCCCCAACUGGUUUCAAAUUUCUUAGCUGCUUGGCGGGUGCCUUUGAAGAUCUCACCAGAGCUUUUGAUGAGUGUACGAAUUCAGUCUAAACAGAAGCAUAACGAAUGUAACAUUCCACCUGUGAAAAGAGCAAGGAUUGAGGAUUUGCCACCCCCGUUGAAGAAACUCCCUCCAGAAUCCACCCCAGCAGUGCUAUUUACAGGAUUUGAACCUGCACAGGUUCAGCUGUACAUGAAGAAACUCUACGUUCUUGGUGGUGAGAUUGCAGAAUCUGCCCAGAAAUGCACUCAUCUGGUUGCCAAUAAGGUGACUCGUACAGUCAAAUUCCUGACUGCCAUCUCUACUGUGAACCACAUAAUCACACCUGACUGGCUGGAGGAGAGUUUUAAAAGUCAGAAAUUCAUAGAUGAGCAGAACUUUGUAUUGAGAGAUGCAGAAGCAGAGGUCCUCUUCUGUUUUAGCUUAGAGGAGUCACUUAAAAGAGCACAGGGUGCCCCCUUGUUCAGGGGAAAGUAUUUCUACAUCACUCCUGGAAUUUGCCCCAGUCUUACAACAAUGAAAGCCAUCAUAGAGUGUGCAGGUGGGAAACUGUUAACAAAGCAACCUUCAUAUCGCAAGAUCAUGGAGCAUAAACAGAAUAAGAGCUUGUCUGAGAUAAUCUUGAUCUCAUGCGAAAACGAUCUUCACUUGUGUCGAGAAUAUUUUGUGCGAAACCUAGAUGUUCACAAUGCAGAGUUCAUUUUGACGGGUGUCCUCACGCAAACAUUGGACUACGAGUCAUAUAAAUUCACCUGAAGUAAUGGUACGUGUGAAACGCCACAUCAAACUACCAAUUUGGUGUUGAAAGGAACUACUGAGGAGUUGGGACGUAUGGUUGUCCUUUCCUGCAAACAGUGACACCGCUGUUCACCCUGGAAAGUCUUCAAUGCAAUCGACAGAUUCAGGCGGGACAGGAAUAAGAAAAUUGCAUCUUUGUACGAUGUGUUAUUUCAAGAACAUAUUUUGUUAUGUUUUAUUCACUGUGCUGGCUUGUUUUUCUCACUGUAGAUUAUUUUAGCCAGUUCAAAUAGCAAACAAUUAUUUUUAAUAAGCUGUUUUUAACUAUGAUACCGACUGUGGGAUGAGCCCGUUUAUGAAAAUUUAGCUCUAACUUGUUUAUUAUGAAGAUAUAUAAAAUGGGCUGUUGGGUAAUAAAUUAUGGAUGUUUUAAAAUUCUGGAUUUUAUGCAGAUUUUGUUGUUUUGUAUUUCUAACUUGUGAAAUUUAUUACACAAAAUUGCACGAGUUGAAUAAAAAUGGCUUU